AUGGCCACAUGUGUUGUUUACGUUCACGACCGACCAAGCUAUACAUUUCAAUUUCGUGUACUGCGAUAAUGUCAAUGACGACAAUUGAAAUGAAAUGAUGGCAAUACGAGGAUGCUUCUUCACAAUAUCUCGGCGUAAAUUCGUUCUUGUAUUCUGUAAUGGAUAACAUGUGUUGAGCUUUGGCCAACUCGACCUGCAUGAUGAGUGGGCGGGACUACAGGUCCUUCAUCACCAACCACAGGGCAGAGGGGAUGGAUCGCCUUGUCCAUCGGAUGUCAGAUGGCGUACGCAGCAACAUGUAUGACCACAAUGUGGACUACAACAAACUCAAGGCCAUGGCGAUGGAAAAGAGGUUUUCUGGUCACAAGACAUUAAUGAAGGUGCAGAAAAUUGAACAACUUUCGAAACAAACAAAAGAAAACCAUUUGUUGAAGCAACAGCGUUUAGUGUGGCAGAAGGAGUUCAUACACUUGAAUCAUCUCCGCAAGAAGCAGGGGGCAGAAAUUGACCUACAUGUUCAGGAGAAUUGUAUCGUGGCAGCUUGUCGUCAACUGUAUCAGGAUGCUGAAUACUACCAGGCUGGACUGGACAAAGACCUGGAGAAGUUUAAACUGGACACUGUGGAACCGGUAUGGAACCUCAGAGAUGACCUGACCUACUGGCUGAAGGAGAACAAAGAAGAGUUACGUCUGGGUGCCCCGGAAGUGAUCGAGCAUCACGCACAGAUCAUGGACACCAUCGCCUCUGUUAAACAGCAGCAGGAGGACAUCUUAGAUAAACUGAAGCAGGAGCAGCGAUUCCUGGAACAGGAACUUCAGUCAGAAGAGUUGCAGGAGCUCUGUCCCCCUCAGAUGGAGAAGCGACCCAAGUUUGUUGAUGGCAUUCCUCCCGAGGCCUACGACCUUGAGUGUCCAGAUGAGAGGUUGAAGGUGUCAGUGCUUGAGGAGUUCUUGAUCCUGGAUCAGAAAUACUAUGCUCGCCUCGCUGACCUCGACAGCAGACACCGGAAGGCUUUGAGCAGUGACCAUACAGGAGGCUGGGACGAUGAGGACCACUUCACAUUUGUGGCAGUGUACGACCAAUAUCCCACGGAGUUACAGAACAGGCGGAAACUCCUUGUGGACAGACUGAAGCGCCACCUACCUCACUUGAACAGGGCAGAACUUAUGGAGCAUGAGGACUGGUGGCUAGACUUCAAGCAUUAUAAUGAGCGGCACAAAUCCAUCUUGUCUGACUGGCUCCGUGACCGUCGGGAGCUGUUGGUGAAGGCCAGGCUGGUGUUUGCUGAGGCUGCUGCUGCCCAGGACCUGGAUGACCUGAAAGAGAACAGCAGACAGAAACAGCUGGAGUUGUGUGAAGCCCUGUACUCUCAGGUGCUGCGAUGGAGGGAGCAGAAGAUGGAGGUGAUGCAGCUGGAGAUGGAGCUGGAGCAGAAGCGGGCGGAGGAGAUGGCAGAACUGGAGCAAGCCGAGCGAGAACAAGAACAGCAACGUCGGCAGAAGCAGAAACACAAGAUCAGUGAGUACCACCAGGAGAGAGAGGAGAGACGACGGAAGCAGGAGGAGAGAGACCGAUAUCGACUCCAGGAGCUUCAGACCAUCCUCGAGGAGCAAGCCGAGUUCGACAGGGAGAGGGUGAAGUUCCGGGAGGAACAGCUGGAGAGACGGAGAGAGGAGAGACAGAUAGAACAGGAGGCCAAAGCCCAAGAGGACAUGGAGCGAGAGAGGAGACUGGAGGCUCUCCGAGAGCAGGUGCGGCCUAUUGCAGAGAGUGACCCCGAGAGACUGCUCAAACAAACAGAGGCAUGGCAAGCAAGGCUGGCAGAGGAAGAAUUUGAAGAGAGUAACAUCCAGAAGCCCCUGUUUGAUAUCAACACCUUCACAGCCAAUCAGGUGACAUCAGACCCCAGGGUGAGGCUGGAACAGAAGCUCCGCGAUGCAGGCCUGCACAAGUCCGACUAUGCCCGACAAGUUCUGUCCCAGGUCAAACCUCUUCAUCCCCCGAGGAAGGACAUGAAAUCGACCGUCUUGAAGUAUGACUGACCCCCAGAGGGUGGAACCAGCAAUACUGCCCCAUCACUGUCAGUGCAUCUGGCAUCACCUCCAGUCAUCCUGUGACUGGACCUAGAGGUGUUCUGAUACACAUACCUCACCUAUACUUGCAUGGGGUGAACAAGCUGGUCAAAUGUUGCCUUUACUAUGCCAUUUUCUGGGACAUCUUUGUGGUUGAUGUCAGACAGUGUGUGUUGAGUAACUGGUGAUUUUUGACAAGCAUUUUUAUCGUACUAUGCAAUCAAGUUUGGCAUUUUGAUAGUAUAAUGUUGGUUUAGGUGGUUAUCUGGCUGAGUUUGAAACUUUAUAAGCAUUGAUUGAUGCGUCCGUGUUCCAUGUGGUAUCCAGUGGGGUAUGGGUGAGUGUAUGUCUGGGAUGCAUUCAUACGUUGGUGAAUGAGGACAUUCCUGAGCAUGUUGUGUGGAAGAUAUUUUAACUGUCACGUAACCAGGAAUGUGUGUCAUAAAAACAGGUGUCAUGCAUUCAGGAAUGUGUUUCAUGUAACAAGUGUCAUGCAUUCAGGAAUGUGUGUCAUGUAACAAGUGUCAUGCAUUCAGGAAUGUGUGUCAUGUAACCAGGUGUCAAUAUACAACCAGGAAUGUGACCUUUAACCAGGAAUGUGUGACAUACAACCAGGAAUGUGACAUUCAACCAGGAAUGUGACAUACUACCAGGGAUGUGUGACAUUCAACCAGGAAUGUGACAUACUACUAUGAAUUUGUGACAUACUACCAGGAAUGUGUGACAUUCAACCAGGAAUGUGACAUAC